AAAAAAAACACAAACGAGAAAUAAACACUCGAUGUCACGAUGUGUUCGCUCUUAUAAUCCUUUUUUUUAACGAACUCAUUAGUAUUAGUUCGGUUAUUGGAGUAACUCCAUGUCAUAAUAAUAUCAUUCAGACAUAUCAUCGUAUCUAAGGCAAACCUUUACUCUACUUCUAGAAAUACCGCCCACGUAAUGUUGAUCAAUGGAGCUUAGCAGCGGCAAAAAUUCCAACACACCCAAACCAUGGCUGGAUUUAUUAAAAGUUCUAACAACCUACAGCAUCAGACACGGUAUUAGCGACUCGUUUUCACGAAUACCCCAUCACAAGAAGGUCUUGGAAUGCUACAAGAACGAUUUCAUCAGGAAAGAGUUAUCCGAAUGGAUAGGCAAAGUUUUGGAGAAAGUCCCAUCCGAAUCGAAAUGUGUGAAGAAGUCUCAGGAGCUGAGAAACCUGGGAAAUGUCAAGUUCAAACAAGGAGACGAUGAAACGAGCCUGAAACUUUAUACCGAAAGUAUCAUCCAUGCUCCACAUGGCAGCUCGGAGUUAUCAUUGGCGUUGGGGAACAGAUCAGCUGUUUUGUUUCGUUUGCAGCAGUACGAGAAUUGCGUGAAGGAUAUCGAUUUAUCCAUCAAGAAUUAUAAAAUCGGAGCAUUGUACUAUAAACUAAUCGUUCGCAAGGGGAAAUCGUUAUUCAAGAUGAAACGAAUCGAAGACGGAUUACAAUGUUUGAAUUUAGCUAAAGAACUCAUAUCUGCGGAUAAAAAUAUUCCUGGGCCUAAGAGAAACGAGAUGAUCGACGAGCUUACCAACGAAUUUUACUGUAACGAAAUCGAAACCUCGAGUAACGACGAUAUCGAACCGAAAACCGAUUAUCAACUACCUCAGCUCGCCAAGGGAUCCAGUGAUACGUUACCUUUCGCUUCAAAUAUGUUGAAACUCGAAGUUUCAAAAACAGACGAUAAAAAUGAGCGUAAAGUCGUAGCCUGUGAUGAUAUCGAUACCGGUGACAUUUUGUUCGUCGAAACGCCGUAUUCUUUCGUAAUUCUUCCCGAUUACUACGAAAAUCAUUGCCAAACUUGCUGUAAAUUGUUGACAUCUCCUAUUGCAUGCUCGGAAUGCGUAGAUAAUUUAUUCUGCGACGAAGACUGCUUCAAGAAAGCUUACGAUUUGUACCAUAAAUGGGAGUGUCGCGGUAUAAGACUGCUUCAUAAUCUAGGCGUAGGCCAUUUAGCAUUUAAAACUGUCCUAAUCGCUGCCCACGAUCCGCAGUCAGCUCAUUACAAACGUGUUAACGAGUUACUGUCUCAUUUGAGCGAUGUAGCUGUCGAAGAUCUGGUUCAAUACGCUUUGACAGCUACGUUGAUGGUCGUUUAUUUGGAAGAGUUCACGGAUUUCUUCAAGUCAACAGCUGUGUCUUGGAAAUCGAUCGAGGAGAUUAGCUUCGCUUUAUUGAAACAUAUUAUUCAAGCUAUUUGCAACGGAUUCGCUAUCAAGAAAUCUAGUAUAGAUAAUUACGAAGAUAUGGCUUGGCUGGAAUUAUCCCAGAUCACGUACGCGACUGGAAUCUAUUCUUCGGCUAGUAUGAUGAAUCAUUCCUGCGGACCUAAUAUUAUUACUAGUUUCUUCAAUAAUCAUUUGGUCGUUCGUGCUGCCAAGAAAAUAGCCAAGGGGGAAGAAAUCUUCAAUUGUUACGGUCCUCAUUAUCGUAAAAUGAAAACCGAACAGAGACGUGAAAUACUCCGAGCCCAGUUCUUCUUCGACUGCAAAUGCCAACAUUGUUCGAAUUCUAGUCGAAAAGAUGAUCGAUACGCGUCCUUUAUUUGUCCUCGAUGCAAACAUUCCUUCGACUCGAAACCGAGCUCGGAUUCGCACCUAAAAUGUACCUCGUGUUCGCAUAUCAUCGAUUCUAGUCAUUUCGAGAAUAUUAAAUAUAAAAUGGAAACUUUACGUAAAACAGGAGCUCUUCUCAAAGAUCAGAAAGAUUACGAGUCUGCGAUCAGCGUUCUCCAGAAAUGCGUCAAUUUGCAACAUUCCUUCAUGAACGAGAAUAAUACCGAAAUAUUGUACUGCUGUUUGGAUCUGGCCGAAUGUUAUUUCGCUCUUGAAGACUACACCAGUUGCUGGAAAAGCUUCAAGAAAUGUGUUCCAAUAGUAAAAGAGCAAUGCGGAGAAUACAGCAUCGAAUACGCCGAUAUCCUCAAGAAAACAAUCGACAUGUUCCUAUUAGAUGUUAGAAAUAAGAAUAAUACCGUCACAGACACGGAUCACAUAACCGAUAUAUUAACUUACGUCGAUCAAAUCCUCAAAAUAGUCGAAUUUAAUUUCGGUUCUUGGAGUCUGGAGUAUUCGUCGUUGCAAAGCCAGAAAACCGAAUUAGUUAUAUUAAUUUCAUGCGGAGCUAAUUGAAGAAGAAUAUUCACUACGCUGUGUGCACUGUAUAGAGACUUUAUUACCUACCUAUUUUCGUGUGUUAUUGUAAUGUGUAUCAAGUAUUACUAUUACUAUUAUCUACAACGCGAAUAAUUCGUCGUGUCAGUGUGUUUACGCUUAGCAAUUUUGUUAUUUUAAUGUCUGUGUUUAUCGUUACGUUUGCCACGUUUUUCUCUUGUUCUUGUUGUGUUGCUGCGAAUAAAUGUUUGUUGUGUUUUGUUUUUUU